AGGGGAUGGAGCUGUGGGCGGCCCGGCGGGCCGUGCUGCGCCUGCUGGGGGCCGUGGCCGCCCGGCACCUGCCCGCGCUCCUCGCCUGGAUGAGGAGCGGACGAGAUUUUGAUGAAUUCACCCAGGAUAAUAAUGAGAUUGUACUCAAAAGCAUUGCAGGAGAUCUUCGGAAUUGCUUACCUCCAGAAGCCAUGUUUAAUUCAGAACAUCUAGCUCUUCAAAAAAUACGUCAGCAACCAGAGCCCACAGUUCACGUUGAUGCUUUCCUUUAUGAUGAUGAUUUUAUUGACUCUUUAUGUGAGGAACGAAAAAUGAGCAGAAACUACUGUAUGAUGUGUGGUUCUCACCAGACAGCACCUUUAGGGUUUAUUUCUCACUCAUUCUCUCUCAUGGAGCUGAAGUUCAUUUACCAGCAUGUGCUCCCUGAUCUGACAGGAAAGACCUUGGUCGACGUCGGCUCCAGGCUCGGUGCAGUGCUUUUCGGGGGUUAUCUUUACAGUUCAGCCCUGCAACUGCUCGGAGUGGAGAUGAAUGGGGACUUUUGCCAGUUGCAGCAAAUGAUCAUCACGAAAUAUCACUUCACUGACAGGAUAAAGGUGCUCCAUGCAGACAUCUGUACCCAAGCUUCAGUUCUGCAAGAUGCCGACGUUGUCGUAAUGAACAAUGUCUUUGAAUACUUUCUUGACAGACCAGAACAGGACAGAGCCUGGGAAUACAUUAGCUGCAAUGUGAGAAAAAAAGGAUCAUUAUUAGUGACAGUCCCCAGCCUUGAAGUCUCUCUCUCCAAUUUGCAGACUAACAUUCAUCUGAGCCAGUGGGUGGAAGAGGUGCAACUGGACUAUGAUGUGUACACGGAAAAGGAUUUUGAUCGAGAAGCCCUCGAACAGAUUCAUUUGUACAAGAUCCUUUAACCCACACUGACCUGCUGAUGCACGAGGUUGUGUUGACUGAUGUGAUAAUUUAAUUGAAAUAUUUAUUUGCAGAAUUAUUUAAUUUUUCUCCUGAUUUCCUACAAAGUCAAUAAAACCUUUUUUUUUUU